AAAUGUCGGYUGCAGGSCUAUAUAUUUUUGGACUUAUCGAUGGUGCUGCAUUGCUGUUUCUGACUGUGUUUUUUAUAAUCAAUCUUUCCGAUUUAGAAUGUGAUUACAUCAAUGCAACUACAUGUUGCAAACGGCUCAACAUUUGGGUACUUCCAGAACUUAUUGCUCAUGGCCUAAUAACUAUUCUUCUACUGUUGCACUUUCAAUUUGUAUUUUUUGGUAUAAACCUUCCUUUAAUGGUUUGGAAUAUUUACAGAUUUAUCAACAAACCAGCAGGAAAUCUUGGCUUGUAUGAUCCAGCAGAAAUCCACAACAGAAGUCAAUUGAAGGGAUUUCUUAAGGAAUCCAUGGUUAAAUUAGCAUUCCACUUAAUCUUCUUCUUCCUAUACUUGUACAGCAUGAUAUCAGCUUUAUUGGAAGAAAACAAUAAACAAGAUAAAAGCUCUACAAGUUAAAGAAUUUCUAAUAUUAUAACAUAGAUCUUAGAUCUCUAGAUAUACAAUAUCUCUUUAUAUUUGUUUUUGCAUUGUUCUCAUGUAUGAAUAGAUCUUGUUUAUAGAGACAUUACUUCAGGUUCCAGUUGUCUUAAAGCCCAUACCUUGUACAUGGACUGUGCCAGUCAGAUCUUAGUUUGCAUGAAAUAUACACAGUGCACUUCUACCAUCAUCAAUGGUCAUAAGAGGCAAAGUGUGGUGACAACUAAAAUAUAUCUCUAGCGUGCUACAUUCUUAUUUGAAAGCUACUCUAGCUCUAAUGUUAUGUACCCUGGGAACCAGAGGCUGGAUUUACUCGUUCUUAUAGUUUAUAGGCCGAAGGCCGAAGGCCGAACCGUAAUCGGCCUCAAGGACGGCGAUUCGCGCCGUAUAUAAACUAUAAGAACGAGUAAAUCCAGCCUCUGGUUCCCAGGGUAAAUGUUAUGAUGUUGCUUAUGGACUUUGAUACAUUUCUAUCUCAAAGCAAGGCCUCU